GGCACGGGGAGCAGGAGUCGAUCGAUUCGCAGCUGAGGUUGUUAUCGCUGAACUACUGGAAGGGGGCGGCUUGCCGCACUGCUCUUGCAUUGGUCUCCGUUUUGCCCGUAGACUUCGCUUCGUUUCCACGGACCAUGCAGCCGCCCUCACAAGAGUCAAGCACUUCGUGUAUAAAGUAUUUGCGGGAGGUUCGCAGCUGCGAUCGCCUGCUGCGCAGAUACUCCCGGGCCAUAACCAGGAUGCACAGCCAGGUGGCACGGCUGAGGUCAUCUGGAGCCGCGAGGAGAAGAAGCAGAGGGGGGAGCAGGCCCGCAGAAACCGCCAGAUGAUCGCGGAGAUCAUCAGCGACAUCCUCGGCUUCGGCGGCAACCGCGACGACAAGUACCAAGAACGACUCCAACACUACAGCAUCAAGUGCGACGAGUACCUCAGCGAGCUCAGCAUCAAGCACCGACUGCAGAAGGGCUCGCAAGGCACCUCUCCAGAGACGAACUUGAAGAUGAUCAACGCCAUGCGCACCAUGCUUCAGCAGAUGGCGGAGAAGGAAGCCAUCAAGAUGGCGAAGAACGUGAUCCCUGAUGAAAACAUGACGGAGUGGCCUGUUGAUGAUCAGGCCAAACGAGUGGACAAGUUCACCACAUGCACUGGCGCGACGCCAGCGAAGCUCAACAGCACCCUGGAAGCUGAGGCCAAAGGGCGCGCCCUUCUGCUCGAGGCGUUCCCCCAGCGUUCCAGUGCGUCGCGGGCGGCUUCGGCGGGCACCGGCGGGGCCCAAUCCAGCAGCAGCGGGCCGGUUGGGCCAGAUGCCGGGGCGGACUUUGCGCCUCUCGCUGGUGCCCCUGAGCAGGUGGACCCUGAGGCGGAGACAGUCCCAGGCCACCCAGUGUUCUCCGUCGGGUCCGCCAUGGCCCCGGGCCAUCAAGCGGCCGAGCUGGCGGGGGCCCCCGUGCCGCCGCCAGUCUUUAGGGCUUUCCUGCACACCGAUGCUCUACCCUCGUCCAGCUCGUCGUCGUCCUCGGCGUCGCCUGGCUCGCCUCUGACGCCGGCGCCCCCGGCUUCGCCCGGCGCCCCACACGCCGGCGGCUACGCGGCGGAUAACGAGGGGCCUCCCAGCUCAUCGCUGGCGGCGGCCGCUGCGAGCACUCUGCCUUCACACCCCAGCGCCAGCAACUGGGCCUUCUCUCCGGCGCCCCUGGUCGCGGUCGGUUCCCUACCAGCGGAGACCUUGGUAGGUUGGCUUGCUCAUGCGCCCUUGGGCCCGCCCUUCGCCGGCUUGGUGCAAGGGCUCGCGGGUGCAUCCGCAGUGCUUUCUUCGGAUCUCGUCUUGGCUCUGCGGUCCUUGGCCGCCGCUGCGCCUGGGCACGCUGCGCCUGCUGCCUCGGCGGCCGCUGUCCUCUUCGGGCGGCUGGGGCGCCGGGCGGGCCUGGCGGAGGCGGUCCACGCCCUCCUGCUCGGGGCCGACUUCCCGGACCUUGUCGCCGCCGAGGCCCUGGUGGUGGUGCACGGGGGCUCGGCACAGGGUGCCGCUGCUGCUCUCCGCGCCGUAGGCCAGCGCUGGGCUGCGGGCGCCGCGAGCUAUAGCUCGAGCGGAGCUGCGGUGGCGAGCUCGGGUGGAGGCGCCGCGAGUGGCGCCAGUGGCCCCGGGCCCUUGCAGCCUGCCGCGGCGCCGGCUGCGGGCGCCGCGGGCCAUAGCUCGGGCGGUGCUGCGGCGGCGAGCUCGGGUGGAAGCGCUGCGAGUGGCCCUGGCGGCCCCGGCCCCAUGCUGCCUGCUGCCGCGCCGGCUGCGGGCGCACCCAGUGCGCCGCCGCCUUGGCACGCCUCUGCAGGCACUGCGUUGCCCACGGACCUUCCCGCAUUGGGCGGGCAGCUGCCGCCCGCGCCGAGCGGCGCCCCCCGCCGCUCUCGCCGGGCCCCUGCGGCCGGCGGCGGCGGGCAGUCCACGCAGCGGCGCAUUCUACCGCGCGCCGACGGGCGGGCCCUGACCGACGUGGAAAUCCUGCGUCUUGCGGCCACGCACCCUUGGGGCCAGCCGCUGCACCGCCACUCUGGCCAGGCCUUCUUCCUGCACGGCUCGCACGGGCAGAAGAUCGGCGUGGCCAUCCGCCCCGCCGAGGGCGGGGGGUGCGUGUCCUGCUGGCUCCGGCAAGGCAAGAUCACACUCUCGGGGUCCCUGGGGGUGCAGGCGGCACUCCUCAUGGACGCGGUCCGGAACUGGACCGCGCCGUGGGCUGGUGGCCACGCACAGGGCGCGGCCCCUCCGGGUCCGGCUGCUCUCGCUCUGCAGCCGCCCCCAGCCCUCGCGCCCGCCGGGGGCCCCGCCGCCGGCGCUGGCCCGGGCGGCGCCGCCCCGCCGGCGGGCCCCGCUGCCGGCGCUGGCCCGGGCGGCGCCGCCGCGCUGGGGGGCCCUGCUAGCCCGGGAGACGACACGGCCGACGCAAGGAUCGACAAGUAUUGCGCGCACAUAUCCUUACACGUGGGAUACGAGCACGUACCAGUAUUCACGGCCAAAGUAAGGACCAACAGCCAUUCGACGAUAGUGGCAGUACAGACCAUGAAGUACGCCGACGCCCGCUCGCUCUUCCACUUGUCGUGGGACGACCUCAACAACGACAUCGACAACAUGGCGCGACUAAGGUUCCUCAUGGCCAAGUACGGAGCCAAAAUACCCACGGGCGCCCCACCAGACCAUCCCCACUACAAUUUUGAGCAAGGCGAACUCGCAGAGAUGCGCGUCUCAG